AGGGCGGUGGCUCACCCAGGCAGCGGUGCCCCCGGGACCCAGUCGUGCCAGGGAGCUCCCCGUUGGGUGGUGAGGGGGGUGGGGCAAGGGCAGAGUGCAGUAAAAGGGCUCCCCGGCACCCGAAAGCAAGCAAGCCAUCGGCUACCCGCAUAGCUCGUAUCCCACGCAGAGGUGCAGGGAACCUGCAGGGAUCCUCACUGCCCGAGGGCCUGGAGGUGAAGGGACCGAAGCGGGCGGCUCUAAGUCGCCGGAGCCGGCUCCGGGUCGGUGCGGCGCUGUGUUUUCGGAGCUGCGCGGGACUGCCUGGGACUUGUGUAUCCCUCUACCGCCCUCGCUCGGAUCUCCUGGGGACCCCUCCCGGAGGGCGUGCCGGAGCCAUGGAGGGCGCAGAUCUGGCGGUGAAGCUCCUGUCCACCUGGCUGACGCUGGUGGUCGGCCUCAUCGUGCUGCCCUCGGCCUUUGGAUUGUCGCUAGGCAUCUCGGAGAUCUACAUGAAGAUCCUGGUGAAAACCUUGGAGGGAUUGGAAGCCAUUGUGGAGGAUGAAGUGACCCAGAGGUUCUCCUCCGAGGAGCUAGUAUCAUGGAAUCUCCUCACAAGAACCAAUGUCAACUUUCAGUACAUCAGUCCGAAGCUCACUAUGGUGUGGGUGCUGGGUGUCCUAAUACGCUAUUGCUUCCUGCUACCUCUGAGGGUUACUCUGGCUUUCAUUGGGAUCAGUUUGCUGAUUAUAGGAACUACACUGGUGGGACAGCUUCCAGACAGCAGCAUCAAGAGCUGGCUGAGUGAGCUGGUGCACCUGACCUGCUGCAGGAUCUGUGUCCGGUCCCUGUCUGGUACCAUUCAUUAUCAUAACAAGCAGUACAGACCCCAGAAGGGAGGCAUAUGUGUCGCCAAUCAUACCUCCCCCAUCGAUGUCUUAAUCUUGACAACGGAUGGAUGUUAUGCUAUGGUUGGACAGGUUCACGGUGGACUGAUGGGGAUCAUUCAGAGAGCCAUGGUUAAGGCUUGUCCACACGUCUGGUUUGAGCGCUCAGAAAUGAAGGACCGACACCUGGUUACUAAGAGACUAAGAGAACAUGUUGCUGAUAAGAAAAAGUUGCCCAUAUUAAUCUUCCCUGAAGGUACCUGCAUCAACAAUACUUCAGUCAUGAUGUUUAAAAAGGGAAGUUUUGAAAUCGGAGGGACCAUAUAUCCAGUGGCAAUAAAGUAUAACCCCCAAUUUGGUGAUGCAUUCUGGAACAGCAGCAAAUAUGGCAUGGUGAGCUACUUGCUUCGAAUAAUGACCAGCUGGGCCAUCGUCUGUGACGUGUGGUACAUGCCUCCCAUGACCAGAGAGGAAGGAGAAGAUGCGGUUCAGUUUGCAAACAGGGUUAAAUCUGCUAUUGCUGUACAAGGAGGACUGACUGAACUUCCUUGGGAUGGAGGGCUGAAGAGAGCAAAGGUGAAGGACACCUUUAAGGAAGAACAGCAGAAGAAUUACAGCAAGAUGAUCGUGGGCAAUGGAUCUCCCAGCCUGGAACUGGACUGACACACUUCCCAUAACUGGCCUUUAGAAGUGAAGUUUUAUAACAUCGUUUCGUUGUGUGUCUUUUGCUUGUUUAUUGCUAAUCUUUUCUACUGGAUGAUAGUCUCUACCUCUUCACGCCAGAGGCAGAACCCACAGGUGCCCUUUUCUGACAUCGUUGUUAUAGUGUGGGCUCAAUGAAUGAAAAGGCCGAUUCUUGAGUGGAAAAAGACUCUGCCUUUUGUAAAAUGAUGUGUCGUUGAUGAUUGGAUGAAAUAUUUGUGUGUAAAGAGCUUCUAGAGUGUUUUGGAAUUUGUUAAUAAGGUAAUUCUCAAAACAA